AUAACGUUGCCCGUACCCUCUCUCGAAUCAUAUAAAAGACCCAGAAUUUGAACCAACAUCUACAGCAUCAACAUGUCUGCCCCAGAAACCGCUACCAAAUUCUCCUCUGCUGAAACCUCCUCCGUCGUUGGUGGACAACUCGUCGGACGCUCCAACAAGGGCGCCGUUGCACCCAAGGAAGCUCUGAAGCUUCGUUUGGACCUCAACCUCGAGGUGGAGAUUGCCAUCCAAGCCAAGGUCAAUGGCGACAUCACUCUCUCCCUUCUUGAGUAAAUAUGCUCACAUCUUCGUGAUGAUGUUGGAACCUGGUCAUCGGGUUGAGGGCAAAUACAUCUCUUGUACCCUAGCUCCAUCCUCGUCGAUGUCGAUCAAUAUUUACAUUUCCUAUACAUACAAAAUAUUAGGGCUUUUGGGGUUCAAACGUUCAUACAUUGAGACUUGA